UAAUUACGCGGGGGAUAAUUAAAGCUCCGGCAGGGGGGAUGAUCCGGGGUCCCGGCGCCAUCCCGCAUCCCGGGGGUGUUAAAGCCGCUUCACCCCUUGGCAACCCCGGCUCGCUCCACCCCGGAGCUUUUCCUGCCGGAGCCAGCUCGGGGUUAAGGAGCUUACGGAGCGCGGGGCUCGGGGCCCUCCGGGAGCGCUCCGUCCCGGGAGCCAUGGCCUCGCUGCUGUCCCUGCAGGAGGAGAACAGGAUCCUGCAGCAGGAGCUGUCCCGCGUCGAGGACCUGCUGGCCCAGAGCCGGGCCGAGCGCGAUGAGCUGGCCAUCAAGUACAACGCCCUCAGCGAGCGGCUGGAGCAGAGCCUGCGGCUGGAGCCGGAGGAAGCAGCCGAGAGCCGGAGCCUGGCCCAGCACAACAUCGAGCUCCGGAGGCUGCUGGAGGAGGAGCAGGCUGCCUACAAGAGGAAGCUCCAGGCCUACCAGGAGGGCCAGCAGCGCCAGGCCCAGCUGGUGCAGAAGCUCCAAGCCAAGGUGUUGCAGUACAAGAAGAAAUGUGGGGAAGUGGAGCAGCAGCUGCUGGAGAAGGCGACGGAGCUGGAGCAGGAGAGGCUGACAAUCCAGCUGGAUGCCAGCGGCUCCCAGCCCGACGAGGAGAGCAGCAACGAGCUGGAGAACGCCCUGAUCCGGCUGGAGGAGGAGCAGCAGAGGAGCAGCAGCCUGGUGCAGGUGAACUCGAUGCUGCGGGAGCAGCUGGAACAGGCCAACGUGGCCAACGCGGCGCUGAGCGAGGACAUCCGGAAGCUCACGGCGGACUGGGCACGGGCCCGGGACGAGCUGGAGCAGCGGGAGGCGGAGUGGAGGCGGGAGGAGGAGUCCUUCAACACGUACUUCAGCAACGAGCACAGCCGGCUCCUGACCCUCUGGCGGCAGCUGGUGACCUUCAGGCGCCACUUCGGGGACAUGAAGGCCACCACCGAGAGGGACCUGUCGGAGCUGGGCCACGAGGUGUCGCGGACGGGCCGCGCCGCCCACGCCGCCUGCCUGCACCUGGCUGCCAACCUGCGGCUGGCCGAGAGCCAGGCGGGCGCGGCCCGCGAGCGGCAGGAGCUGCGCCUGGAGCAGCUGCAGGAGCAGCUGGCGGCGCGGGCACGGGACGCGGAGCGGGAGAAAGCAAACCUGGCAGCGAGGCUGGCGGAGCUGACGGCGGCCCUGGAGCGCCGCCGGAGCGAGGAUGAGGAGAAGGAGCGGGCGGUGGAAGCGCUGACCCUGCAGCUGCGGGAGCUGGAGGCCGCACGUGCCCGGGAGCCGACGCCGGAGCAGGUGCAGGCUCUGCGCUCCGAGCUGGAGCUGCUGCGCCGGACGCUGCACGAGGUCACCCAGGCGGUUCUGGCAGAUGACCCCGAGCUCCCCACACCUGCAGUGUCCCCUCCGUGUCCCCCCGUGUCCCCUCCGUGUCCCGCCGUGUCCCCUCUCCGCAGCCUCUCUGCCAGCGCCGCUGCCGCUGCCGUCCACGCAGCCCUGAGCCGGCGCCAGCUCCAGCUGCAGGAGGCCCGGAGCCAGGUGGAGGCGGGCCGGGAGGCGGCCGGGAGCCUGCGGCGGGAGCUGGGAAUGCUGGAGCAGCGGCUGGAGCAGCUGGGAGCCGAGGCCGGGAGCUGCCGGCGGGCGCAGGAGGAGGCCCAGCGGGAGGGGCUUCAGCUGCGGGCCCAGGUCGAGGGGCUGCGCAGGGAGCUGUGCCGCGCGGAGGCGGCGCUGGCAGAGGAGCAGCAGCGUGCGGGGGCCCUGCAGCAGGAGCGGGAGCAGCUGCGGCGCCGCAGCGAGGGGCUGCAGGACUCCCGGGACCAGGCUGACCGCGACGCCCAGGCUGCCCUCGAGCAGCUGGAGCACAGCCAGCAGCAGGUGCAGGAGCUGGAGGCGCAGCGGGCGCGGGCGCAGCGGGAGCUGCUGGAGGCGCGGGAGGAGCUGAGCCGGGCGCUGCUGGAGGCGGAGCUGGCCCGGGGCGAGCAAGAGGCGCUGGCAGAGGCCCUGGGCAAGGCGCAGGGCAGCUGCGGGGAGCUGGCGGAGGCCCGGCGGGCGGCGGAGGCGGAGGAGUCGCGGCUGCGGGACGCGCUGGCCAAGACCAGCGAGCUGGCGGCCGGGCUGGCCCGGGACAAGGCGGAGCUGGGCCGGCGGCUGGAGCGGCUGGAGCAGGAGCGGGAGCGGGGCCGGCUGCGCAGCCGGGAGCUGUGCCGGGAGCUGGCGCUGCUGCGGGCGCGGCUGGAGAGCGGCCCCCGCCCCGGCGGCGAGCGGCGGGAGCUGGAGCGGCCACGGGGGGAGCCCCGGGACGACGGGCGGGGGUUGCGGGAGGAGCUGCGGGAGCUGCGCGGGCUCCACGAGCGGCUGCGCCACAGCCUGGGCCAGGCGGUGCAGGAGCAGAGCGCGGCGGGCGAGGCGCUGGCGCGGGCGCGGGCGGAGCAGGAGCGGCUCCGGGCUGAGCAGGAGCGGCUGGGCCGGACCCAGGCGGCGCUGGCCCAGGACGGGGCCGGGCUGGCCGUGCAGCUGGCGGCUGCCCAGCGCCAGGAGCGGCACCGCGACCGCGAGGCCGCCGGGCUCAGGUCGGAGAAGGAGGGGCUGGAGAGCACCGUGUUCCAGCUGCAGCAGGAGCUUGCCCAGCUCCAGACCCGCAAUCAGCAGCUGGAGGCCCAAGGCCGGACACUGACCCAGGCCAAGGAGGCGCUGGAGGCGGAGCUGGGCGUGGCGCGGCGGGAGCGGGCGCAGGAGCUGCGGGAGCGGCGCCAGGCGGUGGCAGUGGCCGAGGCGGCCGCGGUGGCAGCGGCACUGCAGAGCGCCCGUGACACGCACCGGGAGCAGCUGGAGCACCUCCAGCGCGAGAAGGAGGAGCUGGAGGCCGAGCGGGGCCAGCUGGUGCAGGAGCACGAGGAGCUGGUGGCCGAGCUGGCGGCAGCGCGGCAGCAGCGCCAGAGCGAGAAGCAGCAGGCUCUGGCGCUGCAGGAGGAGGAGCGGGUGGCCCUGGCAGGGACCCUGGAGGGGCUCCAGCGGAGCCUGGACGAGGCCACGGCCGAGCUGGAGCAGCGGCGGCGAGAGGUCACAGGCCACCAGGAGAAGGAGCAGGCCUUGGCCGCGGAGCUGCGCUCGCUGCGGGCGCGGGCGGAGGAGGCGGCGCUGAGCCACGAGCGGGAGGCGAGCACGCUGCGGGACCAAGCGGCAGCGGCGGCCAAGCAGCGGGACAGCGCCCUGCGGGAGGCGGAGGAGGCGCGGGCGCAGCUGCGGGCGGGGGCCGAGGCACGGGCGGCGGCGCGGCAGGAGCUGCUGGAGGCGCAGCGAGAGGCCCGGGACAGCCGCGAGGGCCGCGACACCGAGCGGCGGCGGGCGCAGGAGGCGCGGCGGGCGCUGGGCGACGCGGCCCGGGAGAAGGAGGCGCUGCAGCGCUCCAACGAGGAGCUGCGGGCGGCCCUGCGGCGCGCCGAGGGAGAGCGCAUCAGCCUGAAGCGCUCCGGGGAGGACAAGGAGCAGCAGCUGGCGCUGCUGGAGGCGGCGCGGGCGGCGGCCGAGCGGGAGGUGUCGGAGCUGCGGGCGGCGCUGCGGGGGCUGGAGCGCGCCCGCCUGGAGAGCCGGCGGGAGCUGCAGGAGCUGCGCCGCCAGGUGAAGGAGCUGGACAGCGAGAACAGCCGGCGGGGCCGGGAGCUGGGCGAGCUGCAGGCGCGGGUGGCCCUGGAGGAGCAGCGGGAGCAGCGGAGCCGCCGCGAGGCCUCCGGCCUCAGGCAGAAGGUGGCCGAGAGCGAGGCCGGCACCGAGGCUGCCAGGAAGGAGCUGCAGCAGCUGCAGCAGCGCCUGGCGGCGGCGGAGCAGGAGUUCCGGCGGCGGGAGCAGGAGCUGUCCCGCAGCCUGGAGGAGGCGCGGGGCAAUGAGAAGAAGCUGCUGGCGGACGCGCGGAACCUGCAGCUCAAGGUGGAGGCGGCGCGGGCCGAGGUGGCCGAGCUGGGGCUGCGGCUGAGCGCGGCGCAGGGCCGGGCCCAGGGGCUGGAGGCGGAGCUGGCCCGCGGCGAGGAGCAGCGCCGGGCCACCGAGUCCCGCCUGGGCGGCCUCCAGGCCACCCUGCGCCGCACCGUGGCCGUGGCCAGGGCCAAGGGCGGGGUUCCGGAGGGGCCGGGCAGCCCCAGCCCUUUGGCGGAUCCCGAUCCCGAUCCCGAUCCCGAGGCGCUGCGGGCGGCGCUGCGGGAAUUCCUGCGGGAGCUGCAGGACGCGCAGCGGGAGCGGGAGGAGCUCCGGGGGCAGCUGGGCAGCCUGGGCCGGCGGCUGGCGGAGGCGGAGGCGGAGCGGGACAGCGCCGGCGCCCGAGCGCAGCGGCUCCAGAAACUGCUGGACGAGAGCGAGCAAGAGCGGCGGGAGCUGAGCGGGGCCCGCGCCUCGCUGCUGCUGCAGGACGAGAACCUGCGGCGCUCGCAGCGGGAAUGCCGCGGGCUGCGGGAGCGCCUGAGCGCCCUGGAGAGCGGGAUGCGCGCUGCGGAGCGGGAGCGGCGGGCGGGACAGCCCGGGUGGGAGCGCGGGGCAGCCCAGGCGUGCCCGGCACAUCCCGGCUCCACGCCCGCGCUGCGGCGGCUGCAGGAGAAGCUGGGCGAGCUGGAGGAGGCGCGGCAGAGGCUGGAGCUGUGCGAGAGCCGCAGCGCCCGGCUGGAGCUGCAGCGGCGGGCGCUGCAGGCGGAGCUGGGCCGGGCCCGGCGCGCGGUGGCCGAGCGGGACGCGGAGGCGCGGGAGGCGCGGCAGCGAGCGGAGCAGCUCCGCACGCAGCUGGCUCAGGCCGAGUCCCGCUCGGGGCCGUUCCCGGUGCCGCCGGGGAGCGGCUCCAAGGGAGAGGCUCCGGACGGGUCCCUGCUCCACGAGCGGCUCCUGCAGCUCCAGAACGCGCUGGCCGCCGGCGAGACGGACCGGAGGCUGCUCCAGGAGGGGCUGGAGGAGGCGCGGCGGGCGCUGGCGGAGGCGCGGCGGGAGAAGGGAAUGCUGCGGGAGCAGCUGCGGGAGCAGCGGGAGCUGGGAACGCUGCGGGAGCUGGAAAUGCUCCGGGAGCCGGGAAUGCCGCGGGAGCCGGGAACGCUCCGGGAGCCGGGAAUGCCGCCGGAACAGGGAAUGUCGCCGGAGCCCUCCCUGGACCGGCAGCAGGAGGAGCGGGACCCUCCCGGCCGGGCUGGAUCCGCGCGGCUCCCGGCGGGGCCGGAUCCACCCCCGGGCUCGGCCGAGCGGGAGCUGGAGGAGGCUCGGAAACGCAUCCAGGUGCUGCGGGCGCAGGUGUCGGCGCUGGAGCUCCGGGCCCGCCCGCUGCCCGAGGCGCCCGCGGAGCUGCAGCGGGAGCUGGAGCGGCUCCGGCUCGGCCGCGGCGGCCUGGAGGAGCAGAUCGCGCUGCUCAAGGAGCAGGAGCUGCAGCGACAUCCCAGCGGAACUUAGGGAAUUCCGGGAAUUCCGGGACAUCCGCAGGGACCGGCACAGCUCCGGGAUGGGGGGAUCCAUCCCCAUCCCUGAUCCCAGAAUCCACAGCAGCUCCGCUCAGGGCUGAGCGGGAUCCCUCCCCAUCCCUGUGCUCCAAACCCACAACGAUUUUUGUCUCCUCAUUCCAUUUUCUCCAGGAAAAAGCUGCACUUUUCCCACCAGCCAACAAAAUUUGUCUAUUUUUGAUACAAUCUGGGACCUCAUGGAUGGUUUGCCUAUUUUUCUGUUGCUGUUUUUAACGGAAAAAUGGGAAAUAUUCCCUUUUUUUGGCCCCAACUGAUUUAUUCCCCUCCAGCCUUCCAAGCCCUGCCCUCACCCCAUCCUAAUUUCCCCCCUUUUUCUAACAAAAAACUCCCUGGAUUUGUGUUUUUGAAGGAUUUUUUAGGAACUAGCAGGGUUUUUAUAUGGAAUUUUUGGGAAUGGGGGUUUUUACUGGUGCUCCGGGGCAGCCUGAGGUUGGGAAAGCCACGGGAAGGGAAGUGGUGGCUCUGACCCCACCCCAGUCCUGGCUGGAAUAAACGUGGAAAAUCCAAA